GACGAUCAGAAGGUCUCCAGGCGUGCAUGCGCAGUCGUGGGGCUGAUGGCAGUUAGGGCGCGCGGGGGACCUGGCUUGGGGGCCUAGAGAUGCCGCGGCUCCUCUCCUUGUGUCUCGGGCUCCUGCUGAUUCGGGUCUCCCGUGAGCUGAACGACAUUAGCAGGGCCAGGAAAUUGUGCGGCAGGCAUCUACUGCAAGAAAUAGUAAAACUCUGUGGCAAUGUUAGCUGGAGCCGCAUUGAGAAGGAAAAGCCUUUCACACGGCUGCUUUCCCAGGCUUCGGAGAAGGUUGAAACCUUCAUCCCCCACCGGUUGGAAAGCUCCCAAACCACUUUCCCAGUCUGGAGGAGAGCGACAAACCCAGUCUCUACUUCUGCCUCUCAGGAAGAAGCAAUAUACAAUUUGAAGAUGCAGUCACUGCCUGAGUAUCAGUAUAAAAAGGCCAAUGUGCCUUUUAAGACAAGACAGGAGAUAUUUUCCUCAUCAAAAGAUAUCAGCCCAUAUAUUCGUGAGAUCAUAGAAUUUCAGAAGAAAAAUACAAACAAAAUUAAAACCUUAAGCAAUUUGUUUUGGGGGAAUCAUCCCCAAAGAAAACGCAGAGGAUACUCAGAAAGAUGUUGUCUGAAGGGAUGUACAAAAGAAGAACUUAUUAUUGCAUGCCUUCCAUAUAUUGAUUAUAAAAACUUAAAGAAAGAAGCAUCGGCAGUUGUGACUGAGACAUACUAACCAUCAUAGGAAUUAAACUAACUUAAUAAAGAGCUUAAUAUAUUUUACUU